GAAGGCUAGGACUCAGGGGCGGGGUUGGAGAAUGCAGACAGAGCAACAGCUUGAGCUCUGGGACUACAGUGAACUGAAAGUAAGAGCGUGGUGUGCUCUCAACGAAGGAGUGAGAAAGGGAAAGCCAGAAAAGGAGAUGAAAGGAAAACAAGAAACAUCAAUCUACGUAAAGGAGGGCGUGUGGACAAAAGACUGACAUUGUAGUUCUAUAGGAGCCUAGCGGAGGGGGAGAAAAGAGGGGGGAAAGGAGAGAGGAGAUUUUUAUAGGGUACAGACAGAGAUAUGAUAGUCUGCUUAUAGAAGAGGUGUGCCUGGAAACGCUCUGAGAAAGAGACAGAGGGGGAGAGACAGAGAGAGAGGGAGAAAGAGAGGGCGGAAAAUGAGGGGGGAGUGAGUGAGACAGAAAGAUUAACCGCAGUCAGAAAGAGCGAGAGUGAGCAGUGAAGGACAAUCUGGGGCAAAUAGCAAGGGAGGGAGGGGGAGGUAAAAAUAAGAAAAAGAAAGAGGGGAAAGGUCUGAAACAAACUAAUGUGUAAGUGCUGAGUGAAGGACAAUAGGAGAGAGGGAGAGAGAGAGAAAAUAAGAGGAGGGGGCCAGCCAGAGGAAGUAGCAGGGCAAGAGAGGCAUGAGGGGACUGUUCUCCUUUCUGCUCACCCUGUCCAUCCUGGGGACUGUCCUGACUGCACUCGUCUGGUACUUCUUCAGCAAACACAAUGUUCAACCUGGCAGACCCCACCACAAAAGUCAUAUUAUGAACUCUGGGCCAGUCCCCUCCAGAACAUGCAAGGGCUGCAGGGAUACAGUCACUGACAAAGUGGUGGAGCUCUACUCGCACAGCUGGAGGAAGCAGGAGGACAAGUUCAGAGAUUUCAGGUCUCUUCUGAGUAACAGAUGUCAUGGACUCACCAAAGCUAUGGUAACACAGGCUAACACUCCUCUGGGGUCAAAGGUUGUGUACGAUGGAGAGAAGAGGAAGCCUCUUCAGGUGACCCCUGAACUGUUCAGCACCUUUGCUAAGGAGAAUCCUUUUGUGAAUACGACAUGGGAUACGUGUUCUGUGGUUGGGAAUGGGGGAAUCCUAGCUAAUAGCAGCUGUGGAGAGAAAAUCGACUCCGCCCAGUUUGUUAUCAGGUGUAACCUCCCUCCUCUGGAGAAUGGCUAUGAGCGAGACGUGGGCAACAAGACAGACUUGGUGACAGCUAAUCCCAGCAUCCUCAUGGAGAAAUAUGGGGGCCUGCAGGAGCGUCGUCGGCCCUUUGUGGAGAGCCUGCGUAGCUAUGGCGACUCCCUGAUGCUCCUGCCAGCCUUCUCGUACGGCCACAACACGCCUGUGUCUCUGCGGGCCCUCUACACCAUCCAGGACUUUGACAGCCCCUCGCGGCCCGUCUUCCUCAACCCAGAGUACCUACAGAGUCUGGCGCGCUUCUGGCAGGGCCAGGGCCUGCGAACGGUACGCCUCAGCACAGGACUCAUCGUGGCGAGCCUGGCGUUGGAGCUGUGUGCCAACGUGCAUCUCUAUGGGUUCUGGCCCUUUAAUGAACACCCCCACCGACACCAGCCCCUCACCAACCACUACUACGACGACAGGCAGAGUAAGAAGACGGUGCACGCCAUGCCCGCUGAGUUUGACCACCUGCUAAGACUCCACACCCAGGGCGUGCUCAGGAUACACCUGGGAGAGUGUGCACCCACCGCCAGGUAUUACUGCACUGUUGGAGCAAGAAACAUAAGCAUUUUGCUGCAACUGCGUCAACAUCAUCGCCAAAAUAUGUGUAUGCGACCAAUAAAAUGUGAUUUGAUUUCAUUGGGCGGUUGAUAUAACUCACCUGCGAAUUGCUGGGAUCAGAGCAGAGUGAGCAGUUGCCUGGUAUCCAUGCCAAUCAGCCAAUCACUGCCAGAGGAGAAGCUGACUGGACGGAGUACAUCCUGUCAUUUGUGCCUGCAUUAUCACCGUGGACACUGAACAUGUGCAAUAGAAUAUAGGACUAUUACUUACAGGGAGUGCUUUUUUCUUUCAUUUGAAUUGGUUACUAUAGGUUAUGAAGUACUGUUAGUUUACAUAGGCUAGUGAGAUUUAAGAGAGGCCUAUCAGGAGACAGGUCUACCCAUAAUAAACCAACACUACAACUAGGACAGAAAGAGCAGGAUUAUUAGUCCUAAAAUUGGGAAAAGAUUUGUCCGUUUCUCCCCCAUUCCAAAAACCCGUCAUGCUCUUAUACACACAGUUGGUCAGCACAACUCACUACUCAGAACUUUUUUAGUAAGACACAGACCAGGGCCGGUAUUUACAAAGCGUCUCAGAGUAGUAAUGCUGGUCUUCAGUGUACACAACAUGAAGAAUACCUUCACCCCUCCCCCCAUUUUGCCCUCAUAACAGCCACAAUUCAUCAGGGCGUGGACUCUUCAAGGUGUUGAAAGCGUUCCACGGGGAUGCUGACUCCAACGCUUCCCACAGUUCUGUCAAGUUGACCGUAUGUGCUUUGGAUGGUGGACCAUUCUUGAUACACGCGGGAAACUGUUGAGCAUGAAAAUCCCAAAAUUCACUGCUGUUCUCGACACAAACCGGUGCGCUUGGCACCUACUACCAUAACCUGUUCAAAGGCACUCAAAUAUUUGAUCUUGCCCAUUCACUCUGUCAAUGGCACACAUACACAAUCCAUGUCUCAAUUGUCUCAAGGCUUAAAACUCCUUCUUGACCCAGUCUCAUCCCCUUCAUCGACACUGAUUCAAGUGGGAUUAAUAACGGAUCAUAACUUUCACCUGGAUUCAGCUGGUCAGUCUAUGUCAUGGAAAGAGCAGGUGUUCACAAUGUGUUGUACACAGAGUGUGAUUACAAUCUAAAAGGCCAAACUGAUCUUAGAUCAGCACUCCGACCCUGAGAUGAUUUCUGAAUAUGGGCCCAGAAGUUUUCUACAUUGCAAAUACGAGUCUAUUUCCAUACAAGGAUACAUUUUGGCAAUUGUAUUUUUUAUUUCACACAUCAACAACAUGAUACACAACUACUGUACCUAUAAAAAAAUAUAUUAUCUUUAUCAUUUGAAGGCAAUAAAAUAACCAAUUCUAGAAGAUAUCUGUAAAUACAAUCUUUUGUUAAUUUUUAGAAAUUUUUAUUGAAGAAAAAAAAAAGUUUGAAAAACACGACUGGUCAGAAAAACACACAAAAACACAC